UGGCUGCCAAGUUCUCCCUUCCCCCUCUGUGGUCUGCUGUCGCUGUGUCCCACCCCAUGCUGCUCCUGUGACUUCAGCUCAGAUGAUUCGAAAUGUCUCUUCUGCAUCUCCUUCCUACUUGCCAAAGCAAAAAGAGCAUGGGGCUGGUGCGGAAGAGCCUGACGGUGGGCUGGGCAGCUGUCAUUUUGGUGCUACAGAUGGCAGACGCAGAAACUGCUGGAAAGACCCCGUAUGGCAAAGCUAGGGUGUUCGCAGGCUUAAGUGCCCAGGAACUGAAGUCCGUGCACAGCUUCCUGAUGAACAGGAAGGAGUUGGAACUGAAGCCAACCAAGACACCGACUUUAGCCAAGAACUCCGUGUUCCUCAUUGAGAUGCUGCCGCCCAAGAAGAAGCACGUGCUGAACUUUCUGGAUAAAGGGAAAAGGUGCCCUGUUCGGGAAGCCAGGGCCAUCAUCUUCUUUGGUGCCCAAGAGCACCCGAAUGUCACUGAGUUUGCUGUGGGACCCCUGCCACGGCCCACCUACAUGCGAGAACUGGCCCCCAGGCCAGGGCACCAGCUGUCCUGGGCAUCCAGACCUAUGUCCGCAGCAGAGUAUGGCCUCCUGUACCACACCCUGAAGGAGGCCACCAAGCCUCUGCAUCAGUUUUUUCUUAACACCACUGGUUUUUCACUCCAAGACUGUAAGGACCGGUGCCUGACUUUCACGGAUGUGGCCCCCCGGGGCGUGGAGUCUGGCCAGCGCCGCAGCUGGCUCAUCUUUCAGCGCUAUGUAGAAGGCUACUUCCUGCACCCCACUGGACUGGAGGUCCUUGUGGAUCAUGGGAGCACAAAUGUCCAGGACUGGAGAGUGGAGCAGCUCUGGUACAAUGGCAAAUUCUACAACAGCCCAGAGGAACUGGCUAGGAAAUAUGAGGAAGGAGAAGUGGACACAGUGGUCCUCGAGGAACUACUUCCCAAGAGUACAGAGCAACCACCACUCUUUUCCUCCUACAAGCCCCGUGGGGAAUUUCCCCAUCCCAUCACUGCGGCUGGCCCCCACAUGGUUCAGCCCAAUGGUCCCCGAUACCAACUGGAGGGUAACACUGUGCUCUACGGAGGCUGGACCUUCUCCUUCCAGUUGAGAUCCUCUUCUGGGCUGCAGAUCUUUGACGUGCACUUCGGGGGUGAGCGUAUUGCAUACGAGGUCAGUGUGCAAGAGGCUGUGGCCCUGUAUGGAGGACACACACCUGCGGGCAUGCAGACUAAGUAUAUUGACGUCGGCUGGGGCAUGGGAAGUGUCACUCAUGAGCUGGCACCUGGCAUCGACUGUCCAGACACAGCCACCUUCCUGGAUGCCAUCCACUACUAUGACACUGAUGGUCCUGUCCACUACCCACGGGCCCUCUGUGUCUUUGAGAUGCCCACAGAGGUGCCCCUUCGGCGCCACUUUAACUCCAACUUUAAAGGUGGCUUCAACUUCUAUGCAGGGCUGAAGGGAUACGUGCUGGUGCUGAGGACCACCUCAACAGUCUACAACUAUGAUUAUGUUUGGGACUUCAUCUUCUACCCUAAUGGGGUGAUGGAGACCAAGAUGCACGCCACUGGCUAUGUUCAUGCCACCUUCUACACGCCCGAGGGGCUGCGCCACGGCACUCGCCUACACACACACCUGCUUGGCAACAUCCACACACACCUAGUGCACUACCGUGUGGACCUGGAUGUGGCAGACACCAAGAACAGCUUCCAGACACUGCAGAUGAAGCUGGAGAACAUCACCAACCCCUGGAGUCCGAGACACCAGCUGGUCCAGCCCACACUAGAGCAGACACAAUACUCCCGAGAGCGCCAGGCUGCCUUCCGCUUCGGUCGGACUCUGCCCAAGUACUUGCUCUUCAGCGGCCCUCAGAAGAACCGCUGGGGCCACAAACGCAGCUAUCGCCUGCAGAUCCACUCCAUGGCUGAGCAGGUGCUGCCCCCAGGCUGGCAGGAGGAGCAGGCUGUCACCUGGGCCAGGUACCCCUUGGCUGUGACUAAGUACCGGGAGUCAGAGCGAUACAGCAGCAGCCUCUACAACCAAAACGACCCCUGGGAUCCCCCUGUGGUCUUCGAGGAGUUCCUUCAGAAUAAUGAGAACAUUGAAGGAGAGGAUUUGGUGGCCUGGGUGACAGUGGGUUUCCUACACAUUCCCCACUCUGAGGAUGUCCCCAACACAGCCACACCUGGGAACUCUGUGGGCUUCUUGCUCCGGCCCUUCAACUUCUUCUCAGAGGACCCAUCUGUGGCAUCCAGAGACGCCAUGAUUGUGUGGCCCCAGGACCAAGGCCUCAACCAUGUCCAGCGCUGGAUCCCUGAGGACAAGGACUGUCUAAAACCCCCUCCUUUCAGCUACAAUGGUACCUAUACUCCUAUGUGAAGGGUCCUAGCUUAACCUCUGUGGAACAGCCCCAGAGCCCCACAAGGACAGGCAGUAGACCCUUCAGUUUCUACCCUGUCUGCUGCUUCUUGGAGGCAGGGGAGCGCAUGGGCCACACACACAGGUGGGUGGACUUGGGCUCCUCUCAUGAUUGUCUACUGCACCCAAAAAAGACCUCCAUUUCUGGAGGUCUGGAUUUCUCUAUCAAAUAAAUUGUUCAGUAUCUAA